CGGAGAUUUUACGGUGCGUGCUGUGAUUGUGUCGUUUUAAACAAAACUGCGGUAUUUCUGCGUAUAUUAAAUGCAAAAAUGUCGUAGCGAAUACUAAACACAACUAAAGUGAAGUGUGCAAGUAAAAAGACCUCGCCAUCAAAAUGGCGGGUCAGAAUGGCGGAGAUUUCGGCGCGCUUUUACAAGGCGCGGGGCGGCAGCUUCUGAACCAGGGGGGGCAGGCGUUGUUCCAAUAUGGCGCCCAGGCCCUGGGGAACAUCAUCAACGAGGUGUUCCAGAAGAAAGAGGUGGAACAGAAGAGGUUCUUGCCGAGUAUCAAGAAUUAUAAAGUGCUCGGUGAAACUCGACCGUCUUCCUUCGGACCGGCGACAUACCAAGACUUCAAGGACAUCCGCUCCCGUUGCCUUUCUGAAGGCAGGUUGUUUGAGGACCCUGAGUUCCCGGCUAUAGAUCGCAGUUUGUACUACAAGGAACGCUUGGACCGUCCUAUAACCUGGCUUAGGCCUAGUGAAAUAUGCGACGACCCUCAACUGUUCGUAGAAGGCUACAGCCGCUUCGACGUCCAACAAGGCGAGUUGGGCGACUGCUGGCUGUUAGCUGCUGUUGCCAACCUCACGCUCCACAGAAAGUUGUUCUUCCAAGUUGUACCAGAUGACCAGAGCUUCGACGAAGAGUAUGCUGGUGUCUUCCAUUUCCGGUUCUGGCAAUACGGGCGAUGGGUGGAUGUGGUGAUCGACGACCGGCUGCCCACGUACCGUGGGAAACUGGUGUUCCUCCACUCCUCAGAGACCAACGAGUUCUGGAGCGCCUUGCUGGAGAAGGCCUAUGCCAAAUUACACGGCUCGUACGAAGCCCUGAAAGGCGGCUCGACAUGCGAAGCCAUGGAAGAUUUCACCGGCGGCGUAACAGAAAUGUACGAAAUGACAGAACUCCCGCCUAACUUCUACACUAUCCUGCUGAAGGCUUAUGAGAGAAACUCGCUUAUGGGCUGCAGUAUUGAGCCGGACCCCCACAUCCUGGAGGCCGAGACCCCUCAGGGUCUGAUCCGCGGCCACGCCUACUCCAUCACGCGGGUCAAAUACGUGGACAUAGAGACCCCGGGCCGCCAGGGCAAGAUACCCCUGCUCCGCAUGCGGAACCCCUGGGGCAACGAGGCCGAAUGGAACGGACCUUGGAGCGACAAGUCUCCAGAGUGGCGCUACAUCCCGGAGUCGGAAAAGCAGGAGUUGGGUUUGACGUUCGACGAUGAUGGCGAGUUCUGGAUGUCGUUCAAGGACUUUUGCGAUCACUUCUCAAGAGUGGAAAUCUGCAAUUUGAACCCUGACUCCCUGGACCCUGAAGAGUGCCCAGAGGGAUGCACCAAGAAAUGGGAGAUGUCCGUGUUUGAAGGGGAGUGGGUGCGAGGUGUCACUGCUGGUGGUUGCCGUAAUUACUUGGAAUCGUUCUGGCGCAACCCCCAGUAUACUGUCACUUUGACAGACGUUGAUGAGGAUGACGAUGACAACAAAUGUACUAUAAUCGUAGCUCUGAUGCAAAAGAACCGCCGCUCCCAACGGCACCAAGGCCUCGAGUGUCUAACCAUAGGCUUCGCCGUGUACCGCCUGCCCGAUUACGGACAUGUCCCGAAACCCUUGGACAUUAACUUCUUCAAGUAUAACGCCUCCGUCGGCAGGUCGCAGGCGUUCAUCAACCUGAGAGAGGUCAGCGCUAGAUUCAAGCUGCCGCCUGGUACGUACGUGAUAGUGCCUUCCACCUUCGAGCCAGAUGAAGAAGGCGAGUUCCUGGUGAGAGCGUUCUCUGAAAAGUGCAAUAACAUGGCUGAAAACGACGAAGACGUGGGCAUGGGCGAUGUUGAUGACCGGGUGAAGGAGAUAGCCCCCAACCCUGAGCCAACGGACCCUAUCCGUGAAUUCUUCAACCGUCUGGCCGGCUCCGAUGGUGAAGUGGACUGGCAGGAACUAAAGGAGAUCCUAGACUACGCCAUGAGAGAAGAGCUCAAAGGACAAGGGUUUUCCAAAGACGUGUGCAGAAGCAUGAUCGCAAUGCUCGACAAGGACAACUCUGGCGGACUUGGCUUUGAAGAGUUCAAGUCGCUGUGGAUCGACCUGCGCAACUGGAGAGCCGUAUUCCGCCUGUACGACACAGAAGGCCGCGGCGCCAUCCCGGCCUACCAUCUCCGCGACGCGAUCCAUUCAGCUGGGUACACCGUCAACGCGCACACACUCAACGUACUUGCACACAGAUACGGUGGCCAAGACGGUUACAUACAAUUUGACGACUUCAUAAUGUGUUCCGUGCGACUCAAGACCAUGAUCGAGACGUUCAAGGGCAGAUCAUCGGGCGGAGCCUACGCCACGUUCUCGCUCGACGAUUGGCUGAAUCGCACAGUUUAUUCAUAGGAAAAUAUGCCUUAAUACAUACGACUUAAGGACCUUUGCAACGGUAACUAAGCUUAAAGAGUACAUCGAAAUACAAAAUCCAAUUACAAUAGGCCGCCAUCAUGUAA